CUCGGAUCACAGGCACGCGGGGGCCACCGCCACUCCUACAAGAGAGCAAGAGCCCCACACUAGAAAACAAAACAAAAGAGGCCGGCGCGGGAAAAACUGCGUCAUCAACGGGCGACUUAAAUAUCUCAGUAGCGGGAAUUGGUCGGUUCAAGAAACAAGCGACAGGCAGCGUGUCGCCAUGACGCAGAGGAAGAGGCUGUCCACCGCAAGACAACAGGGCACCUUAGGGACUCAGGAAGAGGAUGACGACCCAACCUUCACUCAGCCAAGUACGUCGCAGGUCCAGAAAGGACUGGAGAAGCUCACCCCUGCACAGGUCGACCAAAAGACUGCGGAGGUGGUGCAAUACUUCUUGGUGAAGGACCAAAAGAAGCUUCCCAUACGCCGAGCAGACAUUGUGAAACACGUGGUGAAAGAAUAUAGAAACAUUUACCCAGAGAUCAUGAAGAGGGUGACGCGGACGUUUGACCAGGUGUUUGGUCUCAAACUGGUUGAAAUUGACACCAAAAAUCAUGUGUACAUACUCAUCAAUAAGUUGGAGACAGUUGAGGGACCCUCAUCGAUCACUAGCCCCACGAAUCCAAAGAUGGGUCUGCUGUUUGUCAUCCUCAGUGUUAUUUUCAUGAAAGGAGGCGUUGUCAGAGAAACCCUGAUCUGGAAUACUCUGAAGAAACUCCGUGUUGACCCUGGAGAGAAACACGAAGAUUUUGGUGACGUGAAGAAGUUGGUCACAGACGAGUUUGUGCGCCAAAGGUACCUGGAGUUUGUGCGGAUCCCUCACACAGAACCAGUUGAGCAUGAAUUUCAUUGGGGUCAACGUGCUGACGUGGAAGUGUCAAAAGCCAAAAUCCUCGAGUUUAUGGGUCAACUUCAUGAGCAGGACCCUCAGAGCUGGAGUCAGCAGUACAGAGAAGCCCACUCCACCACCGACUCCUCCCAGGCCAGCACCAGCAGCCAGAGAUAACUGACCCACGAUUAGUGUCUUUAGCCUUAUUUUUUAUUUAUUGUGGCUGUUGAUGCUGAAAGAGAGAAACUGCUUAAAGAAGCUGCAUCACUGCCAUGGUUCAAUUGACGAAUGAGACUUUUUGUAUGUCCAUACUUUGUACAGAUUUUAUUUGAAGACUGAGCCUCAUCCUUUGUCUAUUUUUAAAGAAUUUAAUGACAUUUAAUAUCACACAAACAAACAUUUCAGGUAUCAUUUUUAUUUUUAUUGCUUGGACGUCAAGGUCACAGUUCCAAGUUCAGAAAAUAAAAUCUUUUAUAAUAGA